UAGCUUAAAAUUUACACUUUAGUUGAUUAAUAAUGGUGGUAUGAUAAAAGGGGGCGAAGUAAAGUAAAGCAAGCUAAGAAAAAGCCUGCGUUGUCACUUUGCGUCCAUCCAAUUCCGAUGUUGUAAUCAACGAAACAGUCUCAGGUAGUGUGUGGACUCAUCCUCCAAACGCCGUCACCGGAGAGGAAGAAGAGCAUCUCAGCCACCACCACCACCACUCUUCACCGGAGGAAAACUUCCACUCUUCCUUUCAUCUUCACCUUCUCUCCACCUCCACUUCAACAACACCAACAACAACUUUCUAGAACCUUCUCGAAAGUGUGAUUAAGAUGGCUUGGAUGGAAGAAAAUGAUGGGAAUGGAAAAGAAAAGGAGUUAGGCGGAGAGAAUGGUUUUUUGAAAGUGAAAGAACCAUCUGUUAGUGCUGGUGGAGAUGAUACUGUUUCGGGGAAAAAAAGAUCUGAAGUGAAAGACGAUAUUUCUUUCGCCAACAUUUUGCGUUCGAGGAACAAGUUUACGGACUCUCUUGCUUUGUAUGAGCGUGUUUUGGAGAGUGAUGGUGGAAAUGUAGAGGCUCUCAUUGGAAAAGGGAUAUGCUUGCAGAUGCAGAAUAUGGGUAGGCUUGCUUUUGAUAGUUUUUCGGAAGCUGUUAAGUUGGAUCCUCAGAAUGCUUGUGCUCUCACACAUUGUGGCAUUCUUUACAAAGAAGAAGGUCGCUUGAUGGAGGCGGCUGAGUCAUAUCAAAAGGCGUUACAGGUGGAUCCUACAUACAAAGCAGCUGCUGAAUGCUUAGCCAUUGUUCUAACGGAUAUCGGUACCAACAUAAAGCUUGCAGGAAACACUCAGGAGGGUAUUCAAAAAUAUUUUGAAGCUCUCAAAAUAGAUCAACAUUAUGCGCCAGCAUACUAUAACCUUGGCGUGGUCUAUUCGGAAAUGAUGCAAUAUGACAUGGCCCUGAGUUUCUAUGAAAAAGCUGCAUCAGAGAGGCCUAUGUAUGCUGAAGCAUAUUGCAACAUGGGUGUCAUUUAUAAAAAUCGAGGGGAUUUGGAAGCGGCUAUUACUUGUUAUGAGAGGUGUUUAGCUGUUUCACCUAACUUCGAGAUUGCCAAAAAUAAUAUGGCUAUAGCUUUGACAGAUUUGGGAACAAAGGUUAAACUGGAGGGUGACAUCAACCGUGGUGUGGCAUUUUAUAAGAAAGCUUUGUAUUAUAAUUGGCAUUAUGCUGAUGCUAUGUAUAAUCUUGGGGUUGCUUAUGGUGAGAUGCUUAAGUUUGAUAUGGCUAUUGUGUUCUAUGAACUUGCCUUCCAUUUCAAUCCACAUUGUGCGGAAGCUUGUAACAAUCUAGGCGUUAUAUAUAAAGAUCGUGACAACCUUGAUAAAGCUGUAGAAUGCUACCAGCUUGCUUUGUCAAUCAAACCGAACUUUUCUCAGUCAUUAAAUAACCUUGGUGUUGUAUACACUGUCCAGGGCAAGAUGGAUGCUGCUGCAAGUAUGAUUGAGAAAGCUAUCGUUGCAAAUCCGACAUAUGCAGAAGCAUACAAUAACCUAGGAGUUCUUUACAGGGAUGCUGGUGAUAUUGCUCUUGCAAUUAAUGCUUAUGAACAAUGUCUCAAGAUUGAUCCCGACUCUCGAAAUGCUGGCCAGAACCGCUUGCUUGCAAUGAACUACAUAGAUGAAGGAAAUGAUGACAAACUUUUUGAAGCUCACAGGGAUUGGGGUUUGCGAUUUAGGAGGCUAUAUCAACAAUUUACAUCAUGGGACAACUCAAAAGAUCCUGAAAGGCCUCUUGUGAUAGGAUAUGUAUCUCCUGAUUAUUUUACACACUCUGUGUCAUACUUCAUUGAAGCUCCCCUUAUCUACCAUGACUACGCCAAAUAUAGAGUGAUUGUUUAUUCAGCAGUUGUCAAGGCAGAUGCAAAAACCAUUCGGUUUAGAGAGAAAGUCAUAAAGAAGGGUGGGAUCUGGAAAGAUAUUUAUGGGACUGAUGAAAAGAAGGUUGCUGAUAUGGUUAGAGAAGAUCAAGUUGAUAUUUUGGUAGAACUUACUGGUCAUACUGCAAACAAUAAGUUGGGAAUGAUGGCAUGUCGACCUGCUCCAGUUCAGGUGACUUGGAUUGGUUAUCCCAAUACUACAGGAUUGCCUACAAUUGAUUAUAGAAUCACCGAUUCACUGGCAGACCCUCCUGAAACAAAGCAGAAGCAUGUUGAAGAGUUGGUCCGAUUACCAGAUUGCUUCCUCUGUUACACUCCUUCCCCUGAAGCCGGUCCUGUUUGUCCAACUCCUGCUCUUUCCAAUGGUUUUAUUACAUUCGGUAGCUUUAACAAUCUUGCCAAGAUUACUCCUACAGUAUUGAAGGUUUGGGCAAGGAUACUGUGUGCAAUUCCAAAUUCUCGCCUCGUGGUAAAAUGUAAACCAUUUUGCUGUGAUAGUGUUAGACAGAGGUUUCUUUCAACCCUAGAACAGUUGGGAUUGGAACCACUACGAGUUGAUCUUCUGCCCCUCAUUCUUCUUAACCACGAUCAUAUGCAAGCUUAUUCUCUGAUGGACAUCAGUUUGGACACCUUUCCAUAUGCUGGGACAACUACGACAUGUGAAUCUUUAUACAUGGGAGUUCCAUGUGUUACAAUGGCCGGUUCAGUACAUGCACACAAUGUUGGUGUUAGUCUUCUUAGCAACGUUGGUCUGGAGAAUUUGGUUGCCAAAAAUGAAGAUGAAUAUGUUAAAUUGGCCAUGAAGUUAGCGUCUGACAUUCCAGCAUUACAAAACUUGAGAAUGAGUCUCCGAGAGCUCAUGUCCAAGUCCCCUGUCUGUGACGGAUCAAACUUCAUCCUUGGUCUAGAGUCAACAUAUAGGAAUAUGUGGCGCAGAUAUUGCAAGGGAGAUGUUCCUUCUUUGAAACGCAUGGAAUUGUUAGAACAGUCUGGUUCUGCCGAUAAGAACUCUGAACAAACAAGGGUCGUAAACGUAAGUGAGGGCAGCCCUGGAUCUGUCAUGGCCAAUGGAUUCAACUCAUCUCAGCCACCAAAACUUAAUAUUAACGGAUGCGAAGAAAAUGGUGGGUCGUUGAAAUUCAGCAGUAAGCAGGGAGUGGUGGGUCCUUGAAAUACAGUAGCUGUAAGCAGGGAGUGGUGGGUGUGAGUUGAACUUCAUGAGAAUCUUUUGCAGUUUGUAGUGAGUGGUUCAAGGGUGUUGAACUGUAUUAUAGGUGGAGUAUUAAUCUGGUAUUGUAUAUUGUGGUUACUAAUGGAAGAGGCUUGCAGGAACCAUAGCCUCACAAAAAGUAAGCUUUCCAUAGAUUGCCAAUUUUUUUGGGAAAGAAAUGUAAGCAAUGGUUAUCAAAUUGAUUUGUCUCCUCAACUGCUGUGGAUACGCAGGGAGGCGAUGCUGCUUUAAAUGGUAUCCUUCGAUAGCUGUAACACGUCUUUUUCCCUGAAUUAUAGCCCAAAUAUCGGUUAUAGCGGCCAUUAACAAAUCACUAGUUUGCAAUAUGAUAUUGAGUACAAAGUGAUGUCAAAUAGUUGGUUGCUUUAGUGCUGCGGCGUGGUAGAAUUUAAACGACAACAAUGAUUAUAGUAGUUAGGGUGUAGAUUGUGUAAUAUUUAUUUGGGAAAUGUUAACUUGUGCCCUUGGGACAUAAGUUAAGAAACUAAAUCUAGAAGGUUUUUCUUGGAAUUUAUGCAUUCAAUGUCUUGAAAGUUGCAAAAGUUAUCCUUUUAAUAUGAA